GUCGUACAGGAUGUGUGUAUGUGGAUCCUCACCCUACAGCAGAGAACAAUUGCACCCAAAGAUGGUUGAGUUCUAUGUCUCUUCCUGUAAAACACAAAAAUUUUUAUACUUCUUGGAGAUAGACAUUUCACAAAUGUUUUAAAGGCCUUUUAUGAAUGCAACACUGGAUGCUGUUUGUCCCUCAGGUGGGAAGAUUCAGCUCCUAUUGUUCUCAAUAGGAGUUCAUGAGGCAUGCCAGUAAAGGUAGAUUUUAAUUUCCUGUGCAUCAUUAAUAUAUAUCCAUAUUUAACAACAUGCCUAAAUACCGAGGCUGAAUUUAAUACCUCUCCAGGAUACUGUUUUGAACAGUGUUAAGCUUUUCAUGAAAUGAAGUCAUUGAAAUUUUGCCUUAUUCUUAUAUUCGAAACUUACUGUGAGUUCUGUAGAAUCCCUUCAGCAAUUAUGACUAUAAUUUGGGCUUGUAUAGGGUUUACAGAGGACCCCCUGCACAAAGCUGGAUGUUGUACAUUUUGUACCGCAUGCUUUGGGAUCAGUUUUUAUCCCACUUGUUACUAGUGGCAAAGUGCAUGUUCCCAUGGUAAAGUUCAGCCGUCUACCAGUGUCUGUAUUGUGAUACGCAUCUUGUUUCAUCUUUCCACUUACUAAUCAAAAAGCCUGCUUUGCCUCUCUGACUGUAGCUUGCGUUUGGAUGUCACCAUAAUUUGCUGAAAUAUUUAUUAUGUAGCAUGAUCCCUUAUGUAAAACUUCUUGCUGCUUUUUCAUAACACUAUUAAGAACUGCUUCAGUAACAGCUGUCUUAAGGGAUUAAGAAUGUUCUGAAUUCAGAUGCAUAUUUUAUUUGCCCCACUUCAAAUAGAAGUCAGCCGUUUAACUUUUUAACUUCCUAGCCAUGUAAAGUCCUAGAAAAAUUGCUUUGUGAAAAAAAAGAUGGAAUGGUAGUCUCAUUUUAAUGUGAGAAUGGCCUUGGACAUAUUGAUCAGUAAUAUUUUAAUGCAUUUUACUGGCAAAGUAUGGAAUCUGCAUUGUUCACCUAACAUCUGUCACCGUGCUUCUAUAUUGUCGGAAGAUAUGUUUUAAAAUUUCAUAAGCCAUUUAUGUUUCAAAUGUAUAUAUAAGCUACAAAUUAGCAGUUACUAGAGCCAAGUUAAAUGUUGGAUAGAUGAUAUGUUGAAUAUAAUAGAGCGAAAAUAUAAAUACUGAAAAAUUUCUCCAGUUGGGAAAAAAAUAUAAGCCUUUAUGGGAGAAAAAAAAAUCCACUGAGUGAAUUGAAGAACUUGCAAAGUUACAUUAAAAUGAAUCGGUAAAAUAUUUGAUCAUUGACCAUAUGUUUCAGCAAUUUUCACAAAUCUCCAGGCCACAAAACUAAGCUACCUGCCCAUUUCUGACACUUGAAAUAAUGUGUUUUGCACAUGUACAAAUUGGAAGUUGAUUAGAAGAUCCAGUGAGCCCCAGGCCAUGUGCUACAUUGAAACAUCCAACUUAGAUGGUGAAACAAACCUGAAAAUUAGGCAGGGCUUACCAGCAACAUCAGAUAUAAAAGACAUUGACAGUUUGAUGAGAAUUUCUGGCAGAAUCGAGUGUGAAAGUCCAAACAGACAUCUGUACGAUUUUGUUGGAAACAUAAGGCUUGAUGGACAUAGCACUGUCCCCCUGGGAGCAGAUCAGAUUCUUCUUCGAGGCGCCCAGUUGAGAAACACACAGUGGGUUCAUGGAAUAGUUGUCUACACCGGACAUGAUACCAAGCUGAUGCAGAAUUCAACAAGUCCACCACUUAAACUCUCAAAUGUGGAACGGAUUACAAAUGUACAAAUUUUGAUUUUAUUUUGUAUCUUAAUUGCCAUGUCUCUUAUCUGUUCUGUGGGUUCAGCCAUUUGGAAUCGGAGGCAUUCUGGAAAGCACUGGUAUCUCAAUCUAAACUAUGGUGGUGCUAAUAAUUUUGGACUGAAUUUCUUGACCUUCAUCAUCCUUUUCAACAAUCUCAUUCCUAUCAGCUUGUUGGUGACAUUAGAAGUGGUGAAAUUUACCCAGGCAUACUUCAUAAAUUGGGAUCUCGACAUGCACUAUGAACCCACAGACACUGCUGCGAUGGCUCGAACAUCUAAUCUGAACGAGGAACUUGGCCAGGUCAAAUACAUAUUUUCUGAUAAGACAGGCACUCUGACCUGCAACGUGAUGCAGUUUAAGAAGUGCACCAUAGCUGGAGUUGCAUAUGGCCAUGUCCCUGAACCUGAGGAUUAUGGCUGCUCUCCUGAUGAAUGGCAGAGCUCACAGUUUGGAGACGAAAAAACAUUUAGUGAUUCAUCAUUGUUGGAAAACCUCCAAAAUAAUCAUCCAACUGCACCUAUAAUAUGUGAAUUUCUUACAAUGAUGGCUGUUUGUCAUACAGCAGUGCCAGAGCGAGAAGGCGAUAAGAUUAUUUAUCAAGCAGCAUCUCCAGAUGAGGGAGCACUGGUCAGAGCAGCCAAACAACUGAAUUUUGUUUUCACUGGAAGAACACCUGACUCAGUGAUUAUAGAUUCCUUGGGGCAAGAAGAAAGAUACGAAUUGCUCAACGUUCUGGAAUUCACCAGCGCUAGAAAAAGAAUGUCGGUGAUUGUUCGCACUCCAUCCGGGAAGUUACGACUUUACUGCAAAGGAGCUGACACUGUAAUUUAUGAUCGACUGGCAGAGACUUCAAAAUACAAAGAAAUUACCCUAAAACAUUUAGAGCAGUUUGCUACAGAAGGAUUACGAACUUUAUGUUUUGCCGUGGCUGAGAUCUCAGAGAGCGACUUCCAGGAGUGGCGAGCCGUCUAUCAGCGUGCAUCCACAUCCGUGCAGAACAGACUGCUCAAACUCGAAGAGAGUUAUGAGUUAAUUGAAAAGAAUCUUCAGCUACUUGGAGCUACAGCCAUUGAGGAUAAAUUACAAGAUCAAGUGCCUGAAACCAUAGAAACUCUCAUGAAAGCAGACAUCAAGAUCUGGAUCCUUACAGGGGACAAACAAGAAACUGCCAUUAACAUUGGACACUCCUGCAAACUUUUGAGGAAGAACAUGGGAAUGAUUGUUAUAAAUGAAGGCUCUCUUGAUGCAACAAGGGAAACUCUCAGUCGCCACUGCACUACCCUUGGUGAUGCUCUUCGAAAAGAGAAUGAUUUUGCUCUUAUAAUUGAUGGGAAAACCCUCAAGUAUGCCUUAACUUUUGGAGUAAGACAGUAUUUCCUGGACUUGGCUUUGUCAUGCAAAGCUGUUAUUUGCUGCAGGGUUUCUCCUCUUCAAAAAUCUGAAGUUGUCGAGAUGGUUAAGAAACAAGUCAAAGUCAUAACGCUUGCAAUUGGGGAUGGAGCGAAUGACGUCAGCAUGAUACAGACGGCCCACGUCGGGGUUGGGAUCAGUGGCAACGAGGGCCUUCAGGCCGCGAACUCCUCGGAUUACUCCAUAGCUCAGUUCAAGUAUUUGAAGAAUUUGUUGAUGGUUCACGGUGCCUGGAACUAUAACAGAGUCUCCAAGUGCAUCCUGUACUGCUUCUACAAGAACAUAGUCCUCUAUAUCAUUGAGAUCUGGUUUGCCUUUGUUAAUGGCUUCUCUGGACAGAUCCUGUUUGAGAGAUGGUGUAUAGGUCUUUACAAUGUGAUGUUUACAGCAAUGCCUCCCUUAACGCUCGGAAUAUUUGAGAGAUCAUGCAGAAAAGAGAAUAUGUUAAAGUAUCCUGAAUUAUACAAAACGUCUCAGAACGCACUGGACUUCAACACCAAGGUUUUCUGGGUUCAUUGUUUAAAUGGCCUCUUCCACUCAGUUAUUCUGUUUUGGUUUCCACUAAAAGCCCUUCAGUAUGGUACCGUAUUUGGAAAUGGGAAAACCUCUGAUUAUCUGCUGUUGGGAAACUUUGUUUACACGUUUGUGGUGAUAACCGUGUGUUUGAAAGCUGGACUGGAGACCUCAUAUUGGACAUGGUUCAGCCAUAUUGCGAUUUGGGGCAGCAUCGUACUCUGGGUGGUGUUUUUUGGAAUCUACUCAUCUCUGUGGCCUGCUGUUCCGAUGGCCCCUGAUAUGUCAGGAGAGGCUGCCAUGUUGUUUAGCUCUGGAGUCUUUUGGAUGGGCCUGUUGUUUAUCCCCGUGGCGUCUCUGCUCCUUGAUGUGGCCUACAAGGUUAUCAAGAGAACUGCUUUUAAAACAUUGGUAGAUGAAGUUCAGGAGCUGGAGGCAAAAUCUCAAGACCCAGGGGCAGUUGUGCUUGGAAAGAGCCUCACGGAGAGGGCGCAACUGCUCAAGAACGUCUUUAAGAAGAACCACGUGAACUUGUACCGAUCUGAAUCCCUGCAACAAAACCUGCUCCAUGGGUAUGCUUUCUCACAAGAUGAGAACGGGAUCGUCUCACAAUCUGAAGUGAUUAGAGCAUAUGACACCACAAAGCAGAGACCCGAUGAAUGGUGAUGGGCGGGGCUUCGAGGCUGGCUCCACCAGGUCUCUAAGGAGAGCUCCCAGGUCUUCCCGGAAUCUGCUGACCAAUUCCAGUCUGGUCCAAGGAGGGGAAAGUGGAUCUGAGCUCAUCUCGUUGAUUGACCUUCAGAUUCAUGUAUAUUAUAGACAUAAGCACUGUGCCACUAUACUGUAACACCAUCUCUUUCAGAUUUUUUAAAGUAUUUGCUGAGUCUUUGUAAGCAGAAAUUGAAAAUGACCUUGUAUCUUGCCAGAAUGCUUUCUUAAAACUGAGAAUAGGUCAGGAGUCUUAUGCCGUUACUCUGGGCUGUAACUGACUAUCAGUUGAUUGGAUAUACCACAAGGCAACCAACCAUUUAAAAACUCUAAAAUGGUAAUAAUUUAAAGGGAUUCUUGAUAUCCAGACUUAGAUUUCAGAAUAUGCUGAAAAAAAACCAGCACUCUUCUCUAAGGAACUGACUCACCUUACUGAGCAAAAUUUCUAAACAAGACAUUAAUAAGUGUUUGUGUCAAAAAUUGUCUUGAUAAAUGUUUGCCAAAGAAGUUCAAUAAGUGUAUUUCUCAUUCAGUAGUCAUUUGCCCAGAAAUUUAAAAGAAAGUUUACCUCCAGUUCUGCUGUAGGAUCUGCAUGCUUGACUUUUCAAAUGUAAGAGUGAUUUGCAAAAAUGAGUAUUUCAAGGCAUUUGCUACUCAAAUCUGUGAUGUUGCACCUUUGGCCUUACAAAUGCUUCUUUCUUGUUUGUCUUGUUUACUUGUUGAAGUUGGAGGGCACACGUGGUAAUGUGACUCUGUCAUUAUGAUACUGAUUUUUAAUCUGUAUAUAUGUCUCUGUCCUUUCUGAUGAGGUGUCUCUAGAUUUUUCUAAAACCCUGGCUUCCGCUGAAGAUUGAGUGAUUGUCAUUUUGUCUUAAAGUUUUCUCUCAAGAAAAAUUUGCUUACAUAUUUAUGUGAGACUCCCAGUGCUUCUGUUGAGGUGUUUGGAAUACCAUGUCAGAUAAAUGCAUGGGCUUUUGUAAUGUACAUAGGCUCGGCUUUUGUCCUGUGUUUUGGUUCUUUCUAUAGUUCCUGCUAGAGAUGCCUGCUGUCUUAUAUAGCACACCCCGUGUUAUGGUGACCACCCCUGUAUUUAACACUGAGAAUUACUUCACAGUUCACUUUUCAAAUAGCUCCCCCAAAUUAGUCACAUGCUGCUAAUUGGGACAAAUCAGUGGUACAUUUUCCCCAUUUUAAAAACACCUGUUUUACUCAAGCCUGUUGCUUUACAGUCAGAGACAGUCUUCAUCACGAGUAGAUUUUGUUGCUAUGGUUUUAAAUGUAUGUUCAGUUUAAUUUAAUUAUUUUCAGCAUUUCUGAGACAUGCCCUAAAAAUGCCUAUUUUGCUACCAACGAUAAAUGGUGAAGGGGCUGUUUAAAAACCACAACCAGUUUUCUAUACUAUUUUUAAAAGAAUGCUUUCAUUUAAAAAUAAAAAUAAAAAGGAAUUCUAGUUUUCAGAUACACUUCAGAGAUUGAAGCAAACUUUCUGCCUUUUAUUCAGAAUCCUGUUUGCCUUUAAGUGGACUUACCAGCAAAAUGGGUAGAACUUCCUCUUGAAAAAAAAAAAAAAAAAGUCAACUAGAAUUGCAAAGAGAGGUGAUUUGAGUUUAAUAAUGUGUCAUUCUUUUAACCCUUUUUCUUAAUCUAGAUUUAAAAUUAGGUUAUACGUCAUUUCCUUCUCUGUAUUUUUAGCUAUUUAGUUACAAGUAUGCCCCCCCGCCAUUUUCUGUAAAUAAGAGAGGUUAUAACACAUACAUAAUUCUAAGGGGAGCAAGGGGUUGACAUAGUUCACUUCCUAGAGCAUUCCCCUUUGGGGUUCAGAUUAAGAAAAUUGUGAAUCGAAACAUCUAGAAAGUCCACACAUGUAAGAAGAGUCUGAGAUCACCUUCAAAAUUCUGCAGUCACGGACUUUUGUCCGCUGAAUGGAGCAGCUUUCCCAGGCCUCGCAGUGGUGAUAGUCAAGGUCAAGCCACACAAAUCCAAAAACAAGAAUGAAGUACCCCGUUCCAGAGAAGCACUUCCUCGCAGGUACAGAUCAGAACUCCUCCUCCUCGUCAGCGGCGUCCUUCUCCAAAAUGUUAAUAGCAAAAUGUGAUGAAUCUAAUGGAACUGAAUUUUCUGGCUUCAAAAAAGGAAAAGUUUUAUUUUUAUCUUAAAACAUGGAUUAUUUCUAUGGAGCUCUUAACAUGAGUAGAAUACCCAUGGUUAAUUAACGUACGAGAUCAUGGUCUGAAAUAUGCCUAAUUUCUAGUCGUAUUUAUGAAUUAUUAAGUCAAUUCCUUUGCUUCUUGGGUGAGAGAGGAGGUUGGGCAGCAGGGAGUGGUCACCUUGGUAAAACUUAAAACACAGCAUUACUUAAAACACAGCACUGAUUUUAUAGUGUUAGAGAAAACCCUCUGAUUUUUUAACCUUCCAAAGAGGGGAAAAGUAACACAGUUUUACCAGGAUUAAAACAAACAGCUGAAAUGACUUUCAACUUGUAUUUUCUGAAAUAAAGGACACAUACUCUUCAAUUAAAAAGUCCCUUGUAGGGACUUUGGCAAAUGCUAACACCGUUGCUUUACAAUGUUUACAAUUCGGAAAAUACUACUUACAGCAGAAAAUCCUCGUUCAUUUAACAUUGAAAAGCUGGGAGUUGCUUCUUUAGUGUUGGGUAGUACGUGGUAAUAUUGAGCAUGAACUUUCUAAAUGUUUUAUAUAUACAUAUAAAAAUAGAUCUGUGUCUCACACCCAGAAAGAUGCUAUCUGGCAGAAAUUGUUAGCAGGAGAAUGAUGUUUCUCAGGAAUGUAGCAAAUUUAAAAUGAUAUAUUUGCUGCCCACCCUCCCACACCCCACUCGAUAUCUCACGUGAGCCAGCUUCAGCAAUGUUGCAGCUUUUUCUCAUCAAGUCAGGUGAACGUGUAUUCUAUUCAAUAAUAAUAUUUAUUUACAUGAAUUAUAUGGUCAUUGAAUGGAGUCGCUCAUUCCUCCUAAUUUUCAGGGGGGAAAAGUGAGUUCCAGAAAUCAACACCUAUUCUGAUCAUGAAGUUUUGUUUUAUAAUUCUGCAGUUCAGCUGCAGAUAUCAGAUAUGAACGUAUCAGAUAUGAACAUCACAUGAUAAUUUGUUCUGCAUUGCGUGCACUGCACAUCACUUGUAACUUGUCAUUGAAAAUAGUCUUUCAGGAACUGAGUGCAAGUCUGAAAGUAAAAGAUUGUAUAUUUGUAGUUUUUAAAUUAUUUAUAACAAUGUCCUAACUGUUACCAUGCUACGUGAUCAUCAGUGUUUAUUUUUGCGCAGUUGCCCUAGGAGAGUUCCCGGUUCUAAAACUCAUUUCAUCAAAUAAGUCUAUAACCUUAUAAAUAACCAUUUAUAAAAUUUAUCGGGAAAACACCCACCCCAUUCACAUCAUGUGGACCAGAUCUGUGGAAUUCUUUUUGUAAAUUAAUGUAAUACCAUGCAGUUCGGUGCCUAAUAAAUGCUUUUUAAUGAUGAACAUUUCUAUAAUGCUUCUUUAAGAGAUCAUAAUCUGAUUUUUCUCACGUUAAAAUAACUGAAGUCACUUGUGAGACUUAGUUAUACUUUGCUGCAUUUUAAUUAACCUUCAGUGGCUAUUAAAAUGGAAUGUAAGUUAAACUUUGAAGGAAAGGAAAUAAAUGUUUUCCAUUUCUCGUCUUGAUUUAUUUCCUGUAUGAAAGCAGCUGUGUUUUUGAUAGGUUUAUGGUUUGCAUGAAUUAAUAUUUAAAGUGGUCCAGGCCAAUGCAUGGCUACUGCUGUAAAUCUUGAUGUUUAUUUCUGCCUUAUAAAAUUCUGUCAUGGCCUACCUGGAAUUCAAUAUUCAGUGGACAAAUUAAUUGGUUCUCUGCGCAACUUUUUUUUAAUAAGUAAAUUAUUUUACAAACAAAUUUGCAAAAAAUUAAUUGCAACUUUUGUUUAGCUUGCUUCUAAGAACUUUUCUUAAUAAAGCUCACAAAACUUCUCAGCAAAUAAAUCUCCCGUAAGGAGGGGAAAAAAGCUAGAUUUUAUACAUGCUUACUUUGAAUUAACAGCAACUUUCCAUAGGUAAAUCUGCUCUUGCAAAAACCGAGAGCAGAAUAUUAAAAAAUAAUAAAUAUUUUUAUGUUUCAUGGUUCUAGAAUAGAAGCCAUAAAUGCAGUAAAUACUGUUUGCUGUUUGUUUAGCUAUUUCAAGCUUCAUUUUUCACAUUUUCAAGUUUAUUAAGUUUAAAAAAAAAAAGGCAGCCUUGGGAGGCAGCUACUAUGGAAAAUUGCAGUUUGCAUUUAAGAUAAAAUAGUAUUUUCAGCUCCAUGAAAAACCAUUCCUGCUGAAACUGCUGUAGAAAUUGUGAAGCUGCAUGAGUGGAGAGUAUUGAAUCUGUGAUCAUAGUUUUCUCAGGUUUGUUUAUCUCGAUGUUCAAUGCACUGUGUUUCAUAAAUAGUUAUUAAAGUUGAGUAAUAUUCAGUUCUAUGCAGUGUUAUGUGUCAUUGGCCUUUUGUGAAUGUGCAUGUUUUAAAUUGCAAAUUUUAAACAUUUUGUCCUCUAAUUGUUAUUAAAAAUGAAAUAAACUGUACCAUUACAUAAA